UAUUAAUUCGCUAUGUCCAUGUAAGCGGACUUGGCGUUUAGAGUACAUGUCUUUAUUGUACACUUUUACUUUAAGCCUCAUAGCGCUGGAAUAACAGUUUCCUGUCUGAAAGUAACCGCCUGGAUAGCAGCGGUCAUUUCUCCUUUGAAUAAAAUCAACUCUGAGGAGCUGAUUUGGACUGGAAUCACACCUUCUUUUUGGGACAACUUCAUACACAGAUGUUAUCAUAGCCUACUGGAUACGUGCAUGGAAUAGUUCUGGAUCCAACUCAUAUUUUUGUGUUUUUCUUUAUGGAUGGCAUGGCUUUUGAAGAAACGUGAUUUUUCAUAAGUGUUUGCAAACUUGUGGGAAGUUAAGCGAAGUUACUGUUCAAGUGAAGUUUCAUUGCAAACAUGGAUCAGCAGGCAGCUGGAGGGGAAGACCCAAAUAAACCCUCCAAAAAGAAAUCCAAUGAGGAUGAAAGUAAAAACAAAAAACUGAACAUACACAUAAAAACAUUGGCUGAUGACAUGCGUGACAGAAUCACCAGUUUUCGAAAGCAAGGCACGAAGAAGGAGAAGCCUCUUAUCCAGCACCCCACAGACCCCAUCUCCACCCAGACCGAGCUGCCUGUGCCCCAGCCUUUCUUCGACGAGCGCUCCAUGAACCUGUCAGAGAAAGAGAUCGUUGACUUGUUUGAGAAGAUGAUGGAGGACAUGAACCUGAAUGAAGAGCGCAAGGCCCCCCUGCGAGGAAAGGACCUGAGCACCAAACGGGAGAUGGUGGUCCAGUACAUUUCUGCCACGGCCAAAUCUAUAACUGGGAGCAAAGUUGCGGGUGGACUGAGGAACAGCAAGCACGAGUGUACACUGUCGUCACAAGAGUACGUGCAUGAGCUGCGCUCGGGCAUCUCCGAAGACAAACUGCUCAACUGCCUGGAGUCCCUGCGCGUGUCCUUGACCAGCAACCCAGUCAGCUGGGUGAACAACUUUGGCCAUGAAGGUCUCGGACUGCUUUUGGAUGUGCUGGAGAGGCUUCUCGACAAGAAACAGCAAGAGAACAUUGACAAGAAGAACCAGCACAAACUCAUUCAGUGCCUCAAGGCCUUCAUGAACAAUAAGUAUGGACUCCAAAGGAUCUUGGGGGAUGAACGAAGCCUCCUCCUCCUCGCAAGGGCGAUUGAUCCCAAGCAGACUAAUAUGAUGACUGAAAUUGUCAAGAUUCUGUCAGCUGUUUGUAUCAUCGGAGAGGAGAACAUUCUGGAUAAGAUCCUGGCAGCCAUGACCAUUGCAGCAGAGAGGAAUAAUAAGGAGAGGUUUGCUCCGAUAGUGGAGGGGUUGGAAAACCACGAAGCCCAGCAGCUACAGGUGGCUUGCAUGCAGCUGAUCAAUGCCCUCGUUACCUCCCCGGAUGAUUUAGACUUCAGGAUACACUUACGAAAUGAGUUUCUGCGCUGUGGCCUCAAGAAGAUACUACCAGAGCUGAAGGAGACGGAGGAGCUCGACAUUCAGCUGAAGGUGUUUAAUGAAAAUAAGGAGGAGGAUUCCAUCGAACUGUCUCACCGACUAGAUGACAUCCGUGCAGAGAUGGAUGAUAUGGGUGAGGUGUACCAUCUCCUGUCCAACAUGGUGAAAGACACAGGCUCAGAACCUUACUUCCUAUCCAUCCUCCAGCAUCUGCUGCUCAUCAGGAAUGAUUAUUAUAUCAGGCCUCAGUAUUACAAGGUGAUCGAGGAGUGUGUGUCCCAGAUCGUCCUCCACCGCAGUGGGAUGGACCCUGAUUUCGCCUACAGGGAGAGACUGGAUGUAGACUUCAGUCACCUCAUCGAUCAGUGCGUGGAUAAAGCCAAAGUAGAAGAGAGUGAGCAGAGAGCAGCUGAAUUCUCCAAAAAGUUUGAUGAGGAGUUUAGCGCACGGCAGGAGGCACAGGCCGAGCUGCAGAAGCACGAGGAGAAAAUCAAAGGGCUAGAGACGCAGAUCAACACCCUGCAGGCUCAGUUGACUAGUGAGAGAGACAAGCUAAGAGAGGCAGAGAAAAGCAUCAGCGAAAUAAACAGCAAGGUUGCAGCAGGACCUGGAGCAGCCGGUGGCGUUCCUCCACCACCAGCAGGUGGCAUUGCACCUCCUCCUCCGCCGCCCCCUCCACCGCCCCCAAGUGGAGGUAUGCCACCUCCUCCACCUCCUCCUCUACCUGCAUCUAUGGGACCUCCUCCUCCUCCACCUCCACCCGGCUGCGGACCUCCACCUCCCCCUCCACCUCCUGGAGGAGGCCCGCCCCCACCUCCGGGUAUGCCUUUGGCUCCUCCUCCGCUCGUUGUCCAGCUGCCUUAUGGGCUGUUGCCCAAGAAGACCUACAAACCUGAGAGCGUCAUGAAGCGGGUGAACUGGUCCAAGAUAGUGCCUCAGGAGAUGGCGGAAAAUUGCUUUUGGCUCAAAGUCAAAGAGGAGCGGUUUGAGAGCACGGACAUGUUCGGCCAGCUUUCACUGUCCUUCUCUUCUAAAUCCAGAGUGAAAAAGGACGUGGAAGAAACAGAUGACAGGAUGACACAAUUCAAGAAAAAAGCGAAAGAGCUGCGAAUUCUGGAUGCCAAGACAGCUCAGAAUCUGUCAAUUUUCCUGGGAUCAUUCCGGCUGCCUUAUGAAGAGAUCCGGGAUAUUGUGCUGCAGGUGGAUGAGGAGAGGCUAAGUGAAGCACUAAUCCAGAACCUGAUCAAAAACCUUCCUGAGCAGAAGGAGCUGAGCAGUCUGGCCGAGUUGAAGAAUGAAUACGAGGAGCUUUGUGAAUCAGAACAGUUUGGAAUUGUGAUGAGCUCAGUCAAGAUGCUGCGUCCUCGACUGAACGGGAUCCUGUUCAAGCUGACGUUUGAGGAGCAGGUGAACAACAUCCGGCCGGAUAUCAUGAAUGUGACAUUCGCUUGCGAGGAGGUGAAGAAGAGCGAAGGUUUCAGCAUGCUCUUGGAGAUGGUGCUACUGGUCGGGAAUUACAUGAACUCUGGCUCCAGAAAUGCUCAGACAUUCGGCUUCAACAUCAGCUUCCUCUGCAAGCUUCGUGACACAAAGUCGACAGACCAGAAUACAACACUUCUGCAUUUCCUGGCUGAGAAAUGUGAAGAAAAGUAUCCUGAGAUCCUGAAGUUCCCUGAUGAGCUUGAGCAUGUUGAAAGUGCCAGCAAGGUAUCUGCCCAGAUCCUGAAAGCCAGCCUGGACACAAUGGAACGGCAUAUUGAGAGGCUGGAGAACGACAUCCAGAACUUCCCCAAGACUGAUGACAAGCAGGAUAAGUUUGUUGAAAAAAUGUCGGGCUUCUCCAAGCAUUCGCGAGAGCAGUACGAGAAGCUCUCCACCAUGCACAAGAAUAUGCAGAAGCUCUACGAGAGCCUGGGGAGCUACUUCGCCUUUGACCCCCACACCGUCAGCAUCGAGGACUUCUUCGGAGACCUGGCUAACUUCCGCAACCUCUUCAUGGAUGCUGUGCGGGAGAACCACAAGAAGAGGGAGAUGGAGGAGAAGAUCAAGAGAGCCAAGCUAGCAAAGGAGAAAGCUGAGCGAGAGAAACUAGAAAGACAGCAGAAGAAGAAACAGUUGAUUGACAUGAACAAAGAAGGUGACGAGACGGGCGUGAUGGACAGCCUGAUGGAGGCCUUGCAGUCUGGAGCAGCCUUCCGUGACCGGAGGAAACGAACCCCACGCAAUGGUGAUCAAAGCCCUUCCUGUUCUGCACCUCGGUGGCCGGGUGCUAACCAUGACAACCGUCGCACUGGUUUGGAAAGAUCUCGUUCACGCCACAAUGCAAACCCUAUGGUCCGAUGAUCGCUUGCCGGCUAAGGACGUUUGCCAAGUGCCAAAGACCUAAGAGUGGGGACAACACUGAGGAGGGCUGAACGGGGAUGGAGAGAGAGCCCCUCGGCAUUAACAUUCAUACACACGCACAUGCAUUCAGAACGCAGAACCAACCUCAAGAUGUGCUCCACAGCUCUAGACAUGUCAUCGAAGGAUCACAUGACACUCAUUUCUCUCUAAAGCCUUAUAUAAUACAUUCUCUUGGUGUAUUGGGCCUGUUCAAUUUGGCAGUGUUUGUUAUUUUCACGAUUACGCCUGUUCUGUUUAUAUCUCUCGAUGCUAACUCCCCUGAUCUAUCUCACAUCCACCUUGCUGUCUGCAAACAAUCAAUGAUUGGCUACAGUUUGAUCUCUCGCUAUUGGAUUUUUCUACGCACAAACACGCUUUUGUUGACAAAAGGCCAAAAGCACCAGAAAGGACUGCAUGAUGCUGUAUGCAUAUUGGCAAAGAGACUUUAUUUGCUGCGUUGAUUGAACAAAACCUUGACUUGACUGAUUCUGCUUGCCCAUUUUGUUUUUCUUGACAGAUAAAAUUUAGAUUUCCGGUCUGUAACACCCACCAUCAGUCGCAUAAUCUCCGAUCAUCGCCUCUUGUCAUAUAUUGCAAAUCCUAUGUAUGUACAUACAUGAAAACGCUGCUGAUAUUAGCUUCAGUGCCACCGUGUGUACACAUUUGUGCUGUUUAAGAGCUGCCAGUGCCACAAGGUACCUGAGGUUGUUGAAAGAUAUUGCUCUUUAUCUACAGUAAACACUUCAAACAUUCAUAGACAUUUCUCUUGCAGAGUCAAAGGUGUUACUAAGUGAAUCUGCAGGUAUGUGAAUCAAAGAGAUUCCAUUCAUUUCAGUUUUCAAACAUGUCACAGGUUUUCUUCGUGAUUUCUUUCUAAGUCACUGUGCUUUUAGCUUUUAGCCCUCUUAUAGAAGAGUAUUUUAGUGAACUGUAGCUUAGCGUUUUUUAAGAUCCAGUGGUCACCUUUAAGAGCUCUCCCUUACUGACCUACCGCAUUUACUCGCCGUCUAAGCUCUGCCUGAGUUUUUAUCAGAUUUAUUACUCAAAGUUCAUCUUUUACAAAUUGUAAAAUAUGUAUUUAUUCACAGUUUGCCAGAUUCUGCCCGAAGCCUUUGAUGUAUGAACAUUAACCCGAUUCCAGUGAGGAGUUCUCUUGGAUAUGAGGAUGUACAGCCAUAGACAGUGAUAGUGAGGUGAUGUUCACAACAUGGAGGCUGACUUCAUGUGAAAACCAUUAGUGAAAUGUCUCUACCACCUCCCCUCAUUGCUGCUUGUUGAGUAGUCAUUUUCCGUAAUGUUUUCUGCCCCCCAUGUCCAUAACACCGCAGGCAACAGUAUGUAAAACAGUAUCUUUUGAGUGACUGGAGUCAUACUGACUCACAUACUGGUACAUGCCACACAGAAGUCUUCUGCUUUUGUUAAUGAAGGCAACGUGUUGAGUUUGCACACCAAAUGCAAGUGCAAACAGUACAACUAUAGUGUGGUACAGAACAUCCUACUGUUAGACAAACCACUGUUAGUCAAGCUUUCUCCUCACACUGUUUGUCAUACACUCUCUCAUGAGAGAGAGAGGAAAGGUCGAGAUGCAGUGAAUCGCAAUCCAUUGAUUUGCUUUUCUAAUUAAAACUGCCCUUUGAAUGGUUUCCAGCACCACACAACAGAAGCUGCACUCUGCUCUCAUGACUCUCACUAUCGGUUAUUUUAAACUCAUGUUAAUGGUAAUUACAGCAUCCACACGCUGUCAGUGCAGACACCUCCGACAUACAUUGUUAUUUCCCAGUCAGACUCCAGUUACAUAUGUUAUGUCACUGGCACCAGAUAAUUCACAAACUUUCUGGGCAAAAACAUUAUUUUUUAGAAAUUGGUUUCAAUAAAUGUGCCAAACUUUCAUGAGGUAAAAGUUACUAUACUGAGAUUCGAUUCUAUGAUUAUGAUAAUUAUUGAAAGACAGGAAGACGAUUUUGUUCACAUUACACUAAUAUUUUCUGUAUGAUGACAGUAAAGUGUUGAAUCACUUAUACAAGACCGAAACUAGCAGCAAUGCAGCCAUUCAGUUAGGGCUUAGGGGUGUAAUCAUUUUUACAACGCUAAUGUCAAAUGUUUAUGAAAGAUACUUCAAAAUAUUGUGUAAUUUAUAGAUUUUUUUUUUUUUUUUCGUUGUUGUUUGUUUUUUAUCUCUUUCCUAAGAAAAUGUCAUUUUAUACCAGUGAUCUUCCCCUCCAUUUGUGAUAUUGGUGUUAAACUUGUGCUUUACUAUAGGCUAAUAUAUAUGUGUCAUGUGUAUUUGAUAGGGAAUACUGUAUAUCCUAAUGCAGGUUAGAGUCUGCAAGUGACUGACAGUGUAGCAUUUUAUGUCAGAUCCAAUACUUUAAUUGGAUGUUAGACAGAGACCAGAAAAGAAGCAAGAAAAUAUGAAGUUACUAGUGCCAAUUUGGGUCUUCUGCCGUCUCAUUUAUCCACAUUUGUUCGAUAUUCUCAGUUCAGACUGUAUGAUGGUGCACUUUAACUUGUUAAAUAUAGACCUGGAGCGAUCUUUUAAUUUGAGAUUUCUUUGCAUAUCAUUGCCAAAAUAGACUGCUUGCAUGUGUGGUAACCAUUUCUGACAAGUGAUUCAAUCUCCAUUCUCUCAGAAGUUUCCCCCAGUUCUCUCUCAUUCCCGCUCAUUGUAAUUGGCACUUGGAACAAGAUCAAAGUUAAAUUGGUAAGAACAACUGCAACUGUCUCAGGACAUUGUUUUAUUUUUUAGGUAUUAUAAGACUCCAUAGCCCUACCGCCUUUUUUUCCUUGACAUUGUUUUAUUGUCUUAUAAGCAAUUUAUAUUUGUAACAUCUUUAAGUUUAUUUUUAUCUGUGACAAAAAAAAAAAAAGUGAAAAUGGUUAUGCACACUGUACCCAAGUAUGUAAAAGAGUAUCAUACUAAAUAAUAACCACUUUCUCAAAAAAGAAAAGAAUCAAGUGUCUCUUUUUUGAGUGUUAUUUCCAUAAUGAGUUAUGAAUUAUGCCUUCUCUUGAUGCAAACUCACGCUGUGUCCUAACCGGUCCCUAAAGCACUAAAUGCCUUCUCCUCCAUGGAAAUCUGAACUCACCACAGCAAACAUCAAGACAUUCAGUCAGUCAGGUGAUUUCUGUAGGCUCUUGUAAAGGAGAGUAGGCAACUGCAGUCAGAUGAGGAGUAAAUAAAGCCAUUUUCACUUCUAGUAGUCGAAUAGAAAAAUACUUAAGCAUUCAGAAGGUAUUAUUUGUUGCCAAUGAAGUGCAUGCAUUUGAAAUACAACUGCUUUAACAUGAAGAUUAAUACUAAACUGUAAUACAAUGUACCUACUAUUUGAUUCCUUUGCCAUCCAUUUUUAGUUGAAUAAAUGAUUUCAUACAGAGA